GUGAUAAGUGCCAAAUAAAACGCGUACUUGUUUUACUACAGGAACACAUCGACGCACUUCAACAAUAGGAAAAAGCAUCACUUCAUUUGGAAUUAUUAUGCUUCUUAAUGCAAAUUGUUUUAUGCUCUUCAUUAACCUUACAACAUACUUCGCCGAUUAGAAAGCAUUGAUCUACCGUGACAAGCGGAUAAUUUUGGAGUUUUAUAAGUGUGCGUGAAAUAAACCGAUCACUGCUCGCGAUCAUAAGCUGAUCAAUGUAACCGGCAUCAUUGUUGUCAGAACUUGCGUGUAAGACGGACCUGUGACCCGGUCGUCUGUCUAGAUUGUUUUACACUAGAUCGGUAACAAUCAAUCAAAUGUUUUAAAGUCUGUAAAACAUUACAAAGUUUGUGUUACAAUGAAUUUUCCAAGAAAAGUUCCUAUCCGUCAUUUACGUAGUUUCUCAUCGAAUAACAAUGAAACUUCGAAAGGGACUGUUAAGACUUUUGAACAGAUGCCCGGACCAAAGGGUCCAUUGGGAUUGGGAAAUCUUUUCCAGUACAUUCCAGGAAUAGGGCGUUACAGUUUCGAUGAGUUACAUCGUUCCGGUGAGGACAAAUAUCGACAAUAUGGCCGGAUCGUACGAGAAACAAUGGUUCCCGGGCAAGAUAUUGUGUGGCUUUACGAUCCGGAUGAUAUAGCUACCGUACUGGACGAUCGAACGCCGGGAAUGUAUCCAUCGCGGCGUAGCCAUACAGCGCUUGAAAAAUAUCGCAAAGAUCGUCCAAAUGUCUACCGUACCGCUGGUUUGUUACCAACAAACGGCUUGGAAUGGUGGAAAAUACGAUCAGAGCUUCAGAAAGGACUCAGCUCUCCGCAAAAUGUGCGAAACUUUCUUCCUUCUACCGACAAAAUUACGAAAGAGUUCGUUGCUCGUCUGAAACCGAAUUUGGAGUCGGAACCGCAAAGCUCCAGUACUACAAACUUCCUUAUUGAAGACCUGAUGCCAAUGAUUUCUCGACUAAAUCUGGAAUUGAUCUGUUUGCUUGCCUUCGACGUACGGUUGGACAGUUUCUCCGAUGAACAGAUGCUUCCCAAUUCGUUAUCGUCUCGGUUAAUGGAAUCAGCCGAAACGACCAACUCCUGCAUAUUGCCCACCGAUCAGGGCUUCCAGCUGUGGCGAUACUUUGAAACUCCCGCCUACCGACGGUUGCGCAAAGCACAAGAGUUUAUGGAAAAGACCGCCGUUGAGCUGGUGUCGCAGAAGUUGCUCUACUUCAACGAAGAUCAGCAACGGUUGGCAAGCGGAGAACAUUCGAAAUCGCUAAUGGAGGAAUAUCUUCGCAAUCCUAGCCUGGAGCUGAACGACAUCAUUGGAAUGGCGUCCGAUCUGCUUCUGGCCGGAGUGCAUACGACCAGCUAUACCACUUCCUUUGCACUGUACCAUUUGGCGCUGCACGGUAACACCGCCCAAGAGCGAUUGUACCAAGAGGCAAAGAAGAUUCUGCCAGACCCACGUGUAAACCGGAUCGGAGCCGCUGUGCUAGGAUCGGAAGCUUCGUAUUGCCGUGCGGUAUUGAAGGAAGCGCUACGUCUCAAUCCCAUCUCGAUAGGUGUGGGACGAAUUCUCAAUCGGGACAACGUGUUGGGCGGCUAUCAAGUUCCUCGUGGAACAGUGGUGGUGACGCAAAACAUGAUCUCUUGUCGCCAGGAGACUUAUUUCCGGGAGCCUCUAAAAUUCCUACCAGAACGAUGGAUGCGCGAGACAAAGGAGCCGGUCCAUCCUCACUUAGUACUGCCGUUUGGACACGGUAUGCGAUCAUGUAUUGCACGCCGAUUGGCCGAGCAGAGUAUGCUUGUGCUGCUGUUGAGGCUUAUUCGGUCUUUCGAAAUCGAGUGGGCAGGGACCAUUCCGAUGGAUGUGAAAACGAAACUUAUCAAUCAACCAGACCAACCUAUUCGGUUACGAUUUAAACCAAGACCAACGUAGAAUAACAGCAAGCUGAACGACCAUUCCAAUAUUUGCAAAUACAUGAUCAACAAACAGCAAACCAAAAUGAAGGGUAAAAUUGAUUGAUUUCUAUAGAAAGAAACAGCUUCCUAAAAUCUUCCU